CCCCGUGCGACGUCACGGCGCCAUGGUCCCGCCUCCCCCGGCCGGGGCGGCUGGCGAGCGCUGAGUCGCUGGGCACGCGGGGCUGCCGCGCCGUGCCUCUCGUGGGCUCAACCCGUGGAGAGUCUUAGCAAGCAGCCACGAGGGCUAGAUCCCAGGGAUGAGAGUGUCCAGGGGAGAUGUGAGCCCGGCGGGGCUCCCGCCCACCUGUCGCUGAAGCGCGCCCCCCGCCCCGGGCCCAGCAUGCGCCUGUCGGUGCGGAGGGCACUGCUGGCAGCCGGCUUCGCCCUGGCCCUGGUGCUGGCGGUCCAGCUUGGGCAGCAGGUGCUGGAGUGCCGGGUGGCACUGGGGGGCCCCCGGGGCCCCCGGCGGGCCAUGCGGCCGGAGCAGGAGGACCUGGUGAUGGUGGGCACGGACCACGUGGAGUACCGCUACGGCAAGGCCAUGCCGCUCAUCUUCGUGGGGGGCGUGCCCCGGAGUGGCACCACGCUCAUGCGUGCGAUGCUGGACGCCCACCCCGAGGUGCGCUGCGGGGAGGAGACCCGCAUCAUCCCCCGCGUGCUGGCCAUGCGCCAGGCCUGGUCCAAGUCGGGCCGGGAGAAGCUGCGGCUGGACGAGGCGGGUGUGACAGACGAGGUGCUGGACGCUGCCAUGCAGGCCUUCAUCCUGGAGGUGAUCGCCAAGCACGGAGAGCCGGCCCGCGUCCUCUGCAACAAAGACCCCUUCACGCUCAAGUCCUCUGUCUACCUGUCGCGCCUGUUUCCCAACUCCAAGUUCCUGCUGAUGGUGCGGGACGGCCGGGCCUCCGUGCACUCCAUGAUCACCCGCAAGGUCACCAUUGCCGGCUUCGACCUCAGCAGCUACCGUGACUGCCUCGCCAAGUGGAACAAGGCCAUUGAGGUGAUGUACGCCCAGUGUAUGGAGGUGGGCGAGGACAAGUGCCUGCCCGUGUACUACGAGCAGCUGGUACUGCACCCCCGGCGCUCCCUCAAGCUCAUCCUCGACUUCCUCGGCAUCUCCUGGAGCGACUCCGUCCUGCACCAUGAGGACCUCAUCGGCAAGCCCGGCGGCGUCUCCCUGUCCAACCCGUCCUCUCUCCCCAGGAUCGAGCGAUCCACAGACCAGGUCAUCAAGCCCGUGAACCUGGAAGCUCUCUCCAAGUGGACUGGCCACAUCCCUGGGGAUGUGUUGAGGGACAUGGCCCACAUCGCCCCCAUGCUGGCUCGGCUUGGCUAUGACCCCUAUGCAAACCCGCCCAACUACGGCAACCCCGAUCCCAUCGUCAUCAACAACACACACCGGGAUUAGGGACGUCCCUGGUGGCGCAGUGGUUAAGAAUCCACCUGCCAAUGCAGGGGACACAGGCUUGAGCCCUGGUCCGGGAAGAUCCCAAAUGCUGCAGAGCAACUAAGCCCGUGCGCCACAACUACUGAGCCUGCGCUCUAGAGCCCGUGCGCCACAACUACUGAAGCCUGCGUGCCUAGAGCACGUGCUCCACGACAAGAGAAGCCACCGCAAUGAGAAGCCCGCGCACUGGAGCGAAGAGAAGCCCCCUGCUCACUGCAACUAGAGAAAGCCCGCGCGCAGCAAUGAAGACCCAACACAGCCAAAAAUAAAUAAAUAAAUUUAUUAUUUUUUAAAAUUCAUUAACGGGAUUAAAAAAGCAGCAGCAACUGGUGAUGACCUUGAAAUCCAGCCCCCAAAUGCUUCUCAGAAGGGGUGGCUGGGACAGGAUGAGGGCAUCAGAGAAAGCUGGCCUCUCCUUACCUGCUUUUUUAGCCAGGGGCCCAGCUCUUCUGAAGUCCCUCUAAAAGGCAGAGGCCCCUGGCAGGUCCUGGACUAUGGGUCAGAAGCUCCCAGAGUAAGACCUGACCUUGGGUGUUGUAUAAAAAAAAUUCUGAUGAGCAGUGAUGGGUAGGAACAGCUGUUUGGAGCUCUGUUGUUUAUUUAAAACAGAAGAUGUCUCUGGGUUUCUUCCAAAGAGGUUUACUCCCCAAAGAAAAACUGUUUUCUACUAAUUUAUUUAAUGACACAAGUGUUAAGAGAACCACAAUUCCCUGAUUCACUUAUUCUCAUCCCUAACUGUGAAUUUUUGUGACAAAUAUAUUUGUACUACUGAGAAGAAAUAUUUUGACACUUCAUCUAUCUAUGCAAGUAGAGAAUUGAUAGGGUCACUUUCAAAAGUGAUUUUUUGUAUUUCAAGUUUCUGGCUUAAAUAUCCAACGGGGCAGAUUUUUACAUUUGUAAGAACUAAAUUUGGUUUAAAAAAAGCCAAAAACUUGCUCUAGUUUUGUGACCCUGUGUACUUUUAAAAUAAAAUCAAGAAAGCAAAAAAAGGAAAAACAAAAGAGCUUUACUCCUUGGGGGUUCCACAAGUUUUAACAAGUGCCAGACACCUUAUUUAGUCUUUACAGUGGUUUUGCUGUAACUACAAAGAUAAGUCCCCUCGUUGAAAGCCACAAGGGUGUGUGUGCGUGUGUGUGUGUGUGUGUGUGUGUGUGUGUGUGUGUGUGUGUGUGUGUGUAUACUGAAGGCACAGAAUGUUCCUGUACUGGAUCCUAGGCAGUACACUCAGUUCUGAAAUGAUCCCAGUGCUAAUGAAACUGUCUGUACCUGUGCUGUUCAUUACAGCCACUAGGCUUGUGUGGCCACUGAAAUGUGACCAGUGAAAUGUGAUGAGUCCAAAUUGAAAGGUGCCGUGUAAGUGUGAAACACACACUGGAUUUUGAGGUCCUCGUACCCCCAAAAAGCAUGUAAAACUUCUCCUUAAUCAUUUUUAUGUUGAUUACAGAGGGAAGGAAAACUUUUCCCUUUUUCCCUUCUAGGUUCUUUGGCUGGUCUGAUAAUGAAAUUGACAUAAGACAGAUUAAUAGGAGACAAAACAAAUUUAAUAUCGUACAUACAGGGGCUCAUAAAAAUAGGAGAUUCAUAAGAAGGGGCCAAAGCAGGCAUCUUUCAUACCUUUUAGACGAAGAAAGAAUACAUUUGUGAAGUACUGAUAAGACAAAGACAUCUGGGCUUGGGGUAGUAAAUUACUGAAGAAGUAACAAGGUUUGUGUACACAGCCCUUUUGGCCCUGAUUUCUCCAUCUCUGGUGAUAAGGAUGGCUCUCUACCUCCUGUUGCGGGGAGGGUACCUUUCACCUGGGAGAUUUAUUCCCUGCUCUCAAGGGCACUAAGGAGGGUCAGAGUGUCCUUCUGGCACCGGCUGUUUCUUAAAUAACUUUAAUUCAAAAUAAUGAAUAUGCCAAAGUGGUAGAUUUGGGGGCGACCUGCCCUGAACCCCAUCAAUUACAUGUUGAAGUAUUAAUAUUUUAGCUAUAUCAGGUUAAAUAAAAAAUACCACUGUAGGGAAUUCCCUGUAGGUCCGGUGGUAAGGACUCCACGCUUUCACUGCUGAGGGUCCAGGUUCCAUCCCUGGUUGGGGAACUGAGAUCCCACAAGCUGCGCAGUGUGGCCAAAAAAAAAAAAAAAAAAAACCACUAGAAUUAAUUUCACCUGUUUCACUUUGUUUUUAAAUGUGGCUACUAGAAAAUUUUAAAUUACAGACUAGGUUCACAUUAUAUUCUAUUGGACAGUGCUGGUCUAUCCAGUGCCUUGUAUUUCGAGAGAUAUUGGAAAGGCCUGGAAUUUUCUGGUUCCCACCUCAGGGCCUUUGUCCUCUCUGUGCCCUCUGGCUGGAAUGCUUCUCCUUCAGAGCGUAGCCUGGCAGGAUUUCCUUGUCACUCAGGUCUCAGCACAAAGGCCAUGCGUUCCAAGGGGCCCUUUCUGACCACCCAUUCAGAAGAAGCCCCUGGGCACUCCUAAUCACGUACUUUCCUUGUAGUACUUCCCAUGGUUUGAUAUGUUCUUGUUUAAUUGUGUUUGUUGUCACUUGUGGAUUGUCUGGCCCUCCCCACUCCAGAACGGAAGCUCCAGGAGGAUGGGACUUCUAAUUGUCUGGGCAGUGUUGUAAUGGCCCCCAACCCCCUCCCCACCCCCGAGCUUAGAAUAAUGCCGGAAUAAGAGGAGCUUAUUAAUACAUGUUUGUUGGAUGGAUGCAUGGAUGAGCAGGUGGAUAAGUGGAUGGGUGGGUUGGGUGGAUGGAUGGAUAGGUGUGUAGAUGGGUGGAUAGGUGGACGGGAGGGUAGAUGGGGGGCGUGGAUGGGAGGGUGGAUGGGGGGGUGUGGGUGGAUGGAGAGGUAGAUAGAUGGGAGGGUGGAUGGGUGGGUACCCGGAUGGAUGGGUGGGUGUGCAAAUGAUGGACUAAAUUUUAUUUUUUGAUCAUUUCUACAAUAGCGAUAAUUUUUUCUUUCCUAGGUCUUGAAAGGGGACUAUAAAACUCCAGCUAAUCUGAAA